AUGUUCACCCUUCCGGAGAACAUUCUGGAAAGGAUUCACCUGCACAUCGCUCCCGAUGCAGAGACUGACGCCUGCACAUCUAAGUCCUGUAUCACUCACCAGAAGUUUGCUAUGGCACUUUAUGAACAGUCAGUGUGUAGGAGCUGUGGCGCGUCGUCCGACCCGCUACCCUUCACUGAGCUUGUGCACUAUGUGUCAACCACAGCCCUCUGCCAGCAAUUCUUGGAGAGGAGAGAUGAAAGGUUUGGGGAGUUGCUUCAAGCCGCCAGCACAGCUGGAGAUCUGCGUAACUGUCCGAGUAACUGUGGGCAGAGAAUCAAGAUGCGGCGCGUGCUGAUGAACUCUCCAGAAAUCGUGACCAUCGGAUUUGUGUGGGACUCAGAUCAGUCAGACCUCACCGAAGACGUCAUCCGAUCUCUCGGACCACACCUCAACCUCUCAGGGCUCUUUUAUCGCGUCACAGACGAGCGUGCAAAGAAGAGCGAGCUGCUAUUGGUGGGAAUGAUCUGUUACUCCAGCAGACAUUACUGUGCCUUCGCCUACCACAUCAAAUCAUCUAAAUGGGUUUUCUUUGAUGACGCCAAUGUCAAAGAGGUGGGAUCCAGAUGGAAGGAUGUGGUCACUAAAUGCAUCAAAGGUCACUUCCAGCCCUUGCUCUUGUUUUACUCUAACCCUGAUGGCAGUGCUGUGGUAACAGACGAGGCCCAGCGGACCAACAGCAGUGCUAUCCAAAAUAAGAGCUCAGUCAAUGGAGAAGCACCAGGUACUCCUAUACUGGGUGGAAAGAAGUUGGAGUUGACGCGAGAGAACUUGACUGCUUUCUUCUCAAAUCAUGGUACUCCGAAGCAGAAGUCUCAGCCUCCCUCUGUGUUCAGUCGUGGCAGUAACCAGACCAGCGGCGGCAGAGGGCCAGUCAAGAUGAACGUUGAUCCGAUUCAGAGUCGAUUCAGAGAGAUUUUGCGGGAGCUGCCAAAAGAAGGCCGUCCCAUCAACCUUAUUAAGAAUGACUCGGAUCGGUCACAGACAAGAACAGAAAAACUGAGGCACCGGGACUCCCCUGACAAGCCUCAUUCCCGCUCGCUGUCACCUCCGGAGAACGGCUUCAAGCAUCUGGAGUCGCGGCUCUACAGCAGCCAGGGCAGGGGUCCGACGAAAGCCGAGCACUGGACUGUUACUAACACUCAGUACAGCCACGAGCCCCGCUCUCAGUCCCAGCCUCGUGUCCCGCUUCAUCCCCCUGGAGAGAGCCGCUCUCGGAGGCUGGAUGUGGCCAAUGGCUACGAUACGGACAGCAGUCAGGACUCCCGGACGUACGGAAACCCUCGCAGCCGGCCGAAUCGAGCGUGGAGGCCGAUGCGAGAGGCGCUUAACGUCGACAGCAUAAUAAACAGCGAUAAUAAUCAAAACUCCCACAACUCUCGCAGACAGACCUUUACUCAGGACAGCGAAGAGUCGGCGUGGGUCCGACGAGAAGAAUGCAAACCCAAGAGCUUAAUGACGAUUUACGAGGACGAGCAGCGGCAGGACAUGGGCAGCAGUUGCUCGCUGGAAUCAGAGGACAGGGUUAAAUCAAGCGUCAGUAACCUCACCAUUCAGACUGAUAACUGGAAAUUCCAGCGCACUGAAUCUGGAUACGAGAGCAGUGAUCGUCUCAGCAGCAGCUCGACAAACCUGGACUCUCCUGUGGUGGAGAACUUGAGCAACAAAGACAUGCAGUCCAUACCAGAACCAAACCUCUCCAGGGAGCCUAACUACCAAAGGAGGUAUGAGGAUUCAACGGCCGAGAUCCCACCUUCGUCCAUUAUCUACAGUGAACACCAAAAGAAAGCAAACGAUCAUUCCAUGAGUCCUGUUAUUCCGAGAGGACAAGCUUUUCGAUACAACCCUGUUAAGGAGAGGAUGGAAAAGCCUGAGGUAGAACGAGCUCAUGUGGUAAACGGGAACCCCAUCUCUCCUUAUUUCACCAAAACCAGCAGUUCAGAGUGGAACAGCUCCGACGAUCUUGCCGGUCCCUUUUCCGAGCUGGAGGAUUCCUCAUCACGUGCUGACGUUCCUCCUCAUGUUCCCUCUCGUACUCUGUCUCACACCGCAGCUCCGCCAGUGCCUCCCAAACCACACGGUCUGAGUUCAGAGAACCGGCGACGAGAUCCCCGUCCUCCCAGUCCUCAGCGUCUUCCUCGAAACGGCUCGGCUCUGUCCCAAACCGUCCUGCAGAAGUGGCUGGAAAACUUGGACACGAGCUCCAAGUUUGGCUCCUCUGAUCAGGACAGGAACGAUCUGUCAGCGAGUGAGGGUGAGGAGAAGUUCUCCAGCUUUCCCAAACCUGCGGCCGGCUCUGCUGUCAUCCCCAGCACCUACUUCUCCGUGGACGGCUGCAUGACGGACACGUACCGUGCCAAGUACCAUAAAAAGAGACCUGCUCUGUAUGUAAGGGCAGACUCUAGAGCUGGAGAUCACACCUCGUCUGGUGAAAGUGAUUACGGGGAAAGACUGUCACCGGCUCCUGCAGAAACACAGGCCCCACAGCACCCCAGAGCCACAGCGCUGCCAGGUCACGCCUCCAGUAAUAAACCCACUGCUAAGUGGAACGCAGUUUCAGUGAAAGGACUGGAUGAACACGGCUUUCUCUGACAGCAGAUCUCAUCACCAAACACUGCGGAUUGUAAUGUGUAGUAUGCAUUCAAACACAGCGUGUGUGCCAGUAUCAGACUUUACAUUUGCACAUUUUCAAGCCAAAAGAGAACAAUAUUACGUAACUUUAAAGAAAAUAUUCCAAAACACUCUUAAGCUUAAGGAUAUCUGAUGUGUGUGUAACUUAAGACUAACAAAACUGAAAGAAUACGAUUGAUCGUCCAAUCACAGUUUGCCCUAUUUCUGAGAAAGUGCUUUAGUUGGGUUUCUGUUCACUGCUUCUGAUUUUCUUAAUGUUCUGAUUGUUUUUGGAGGGAGGAGCUGCUAAAAGAUUUGAUUGUGUUUUCAGAAGGUGAAGCUGCUAAAUGUGAAGCCGUUCCUGUGUUUAGUAAGAGCUGCUUUUGAGAAGCAAAAUUAAGCUUAAUGUUCGAUGGCCUUUUUUGUCGGUUUAGGUGUGUAAUAUAUCUUGUUUUAUUAUUUAGUCCCUGAUCUAUAAUUAAAAAGGGCCACUUUACAUGUUUUCACCCUUUUAUCAUGUUGAGCUCAGUUUUUUGACCAAUGUGCACAGAAAUUAUAGAGAAGACACUGGAGAUUGUUUUGUCAUUUAUAUGUAAAAAGUGGAAUUUGACUUUAUUUGGGCACAUCUAAAUAUGCUUGUUUUCUUUUCAUAUUUGGAACAAUACAAGUUGUGCAUUUUGUUUUUAUUUGUAUGAUAAUGUUGCUUGGCAGAACACUGAACAGUGCCUUAUUUUGUAUGUAAAGAUGGGAUAAAGGUAUUUUUAUCCGUAAAAUGUUAACUUUUUCAAUUCUUUUAUAAUAUUGUAGCUCAUUUUGGUUAAGAACUUUUAAUAAACUGAUUUAUUUAAGCAUAACAUGGUUGCAUAAU